GUGCCAGGCAUAGAAGAAGACACUUAUAUACAAAUACCUCCAGGAACGGGUUCACAUACGAGAAUGCGUCUAACUGGGAAGGGAAUAAAAAGAUUGAAUUACGCUGGACGUGGGGAUCAGUUCAUAAAUAUUAGAGUAAAAGUACCAAAGUAUAUAACGGACAAGCAAAAAGCAUUGAUACAGGCUUGGGCUGAGUUAGAAACUGAUACCCCGGGUACAAUACGGGGAAUCAAAGAUACUGUUGAAGAUAAAGGAAAGGUUAAACCUGAAGAUGGGGCGACAGUAGUGGAUAAUGGAAGAAAGAGAAGUCAAGACGGAAAGGCAGAAAAAGACGGCGAAAAAACAUUUUUUAACCGGCUGAAAGCGAGAAUUUUUGGUCGAAAAGUAGCUGAUGAUGAAACUGGUUACAGUUCAAAGAUAAGAGAAAUUUUGAAAGAUAAGCAAUCCCAUUCUAGCACUUAG